AUGGAAUCCAAUACUUGUCGUGAAAUCUCUUUUCCAUACACAAACCUGUACCUCCACCACUUACAAGCCUCUCUGACUCCAGCCUACAUCCAAUCCCAAAUCCCUGAGUCUGAAGUUGCCAGUCAGAUCGAUGAAGACAGACUUAAAAGUAUGGCAGAAAGGGAUGGAGAGUGGAUUAAAUUACGAAAAAAAGUUGGAGAGAAGGAGAAAGAACUGAAGAAAUAUCAAAAUAAGCACGAUAAUUUAAAAGACGAAUGGAAAUUCUUUUAAAUCAAAUAUAACAAAAGAGCAAAAGCAAAAAAAAUAUUUAGAGAAACAUGGAGGUAGGAUGGAUACUCUUAAACAAGAAAUUCCACAAGCCAGAAAAUAUCUUCAGAAUCAUUUUAAUCAAAAUUUUAAUAAACUUAAGGAUGAAGAAUACAACAAAAUCCUCAAUAAACGCAUUGAACAAAAUAUCCAACGCAACUCCAACUUUCUCUCCAAAACUCUGAAAUCGAACCUCUACACUCUGACGUGCACCCCCUUCCCAGAAUCCUGCUUAGCCAGACUUGUCUUCUCUCCGAUCACUUUGGACUCCCAAGUCAGGGCAAUCAUGCACGAAAUAUUAAACGAAGGGCCAGUUGACCCUGAACUAUACACCGAAGAGAUUAAGAAUGUUCAACAGUGGGAAUUCGAAGAAGCUGAGAUUAUAUUAGAUGCCCAAGGCAGAAAGGAAGCAUCUAAAUUCUUUGAGAAUACUGGGAUCGAUCACUUUUGAGAAGUUAUUCGAAAGAUCGAAGUCAAGAUGUUAGAUACACUUAUUUUGAAGAACUUUUGUUUUAGGAAUGAGAAUUUGGAUAGAAUAAUUUCCGCUUCGAUGAAAACAAGAAUUGAAAGGAUUGUCUUUAAUAAUUGAAGGUUUAAAAUGAUAAAAUAAAUCAAUAUCUGACUCUUGACAUCAUGAAGAAGUGAAAGGUCCGAAACCUAUGCUAUCGGCACCUUUGAAACAAAAGGAUAUGAUAGAUUCAGAAGAAAUAAUAUAACCGAUGAAAAUUCAGAUAAUCACAAAAAGAAAAGAGCCUUAUACGGUCUCUCUUUCAUCAACUGAAAUACUUCAUCUACAAGCACAGAAGAAGAUGAAGACAUGGACGAUGAGAGUAAAGAAGAUCUAAAUCCCAACCCAAAGAAUCAAACUAACUCCUACAAACUCCACUCUGAUCCAAAAACCAAAUAAAAUACACUCCAUGAAAAGCGUAAUCCUUUCCAUAAUCAAACAAAUCGACUCCUUAAAAUCCUUCUACAAAGACAGAACCCUGGUCUCCCUCACCCUCAAGAACCUAUACCUCUCAGAAUCCUCCAUCACCGCCAUCCAAGACGCCUGCCCUUUCCUCGAAACGUUCAUUGUGUUCGACGAGCCGCAAGAAUCCUAGUAAAAGCAGUAAAUAAAGUAGUU